GGAUAAACUGGAUUUUUUAUUAGGAAUUUAUUAUAACUAGGACUCAUGACUUUGGUAUGGGGAAAUUCACGGUCACCCGGUUUGCUCAUGCUUAGAGACAUCUUCCUCCUCUUUCUCUCCUCCUUUCCAGUGAAAAUUUCUUCAAGUUUCCUCUAUGAAAGCAAAGCUUCAUCCCUCUUCUUUUGUUCUUUCCUCCUCUCCUCUCAGAACAAAGGGGUUGCUGCUGACCAGCCCAGGCCUUCUUAUUUGGGCCGGGGUCAUUCUUCCUUGGGGGAGUCCUGUCCUUCAGGUGGGAUAUCCAGACCUCCCUAGAUGUCCGCGGGGCGGCGGGGAGGGGCAGCACCGUCCCUGGUGGAGAACCGCUGGUCUAGGCUCGCCCCUCUACCUGUGCACCGCGUCCUGCCAGGGUUGGUUAGUCUCCCUGGAUCCGCUCCUUCCUCCUCGUUUGAUCCUCACGCCCUCAAAUAUGACCAAAGGUCCUGUUAUUUCACUAAGGUCUUAGGCCACUUCCAUGUCAAGAAACACAGUGGCACUUUCCAGCCCCUGGCCAUGAGGUACCCUGGAGAAGGAGCGGUGAGGGAAGGAAGAUGCUGAUUGGGAUGUUGACCUUGCAGAGUUCCAGGCGCCUCCGCGGUGUCCUGGAGGAGGCGCUGGGCGGGAGGGUGCAGCGGAGCGGGGGUGGGGGGGGCCGGGGACGCGGGGGCCAGGUGCAGCGAACGCCACAGGCCUGACUGGGCCCCUUGCAGUGGGGGAGGUGAGGCCGUGAGCAUAGCUCUCACACUGGAGGGCGCCUCAGAAUGACUUGAAGGGCUCGCGAGCCUGCGGACUCCUGGAUCCACCUUCAGGCUGUUAGUGCAGGAAAAACCGAAGAGCCUCGAUGGGACGAAUACUGAAUUUUCUCGGUUCCCAGAUGAGGCUGAAGCUGCUGGUCCCGGCACCACCCUUAGAAAACCGCCGGUCUAGAGUGCGGAAAUGGGUCCCAGGUCUGGUCUGGGGCGCCCCAACAUCGAUUAUCUGCGACUGGAGGAUGAGCAGCUAGGGAAAGGAGACCCGGAGCGUCGAGAGGUGUCCCCAGCCGCCAGCUGAAGGAGGACGGCGCAGGCGGAAGUGCCGGCGGCGGUGCCGGGACUACAGCUCCCAGCGAGCCCCGCGCGGCUCGCGCUCGCCCCCUGGCGGCGCUGGCGGGAGGCGCCGGUGGAGCGCGCGUCCCUCGCCUUAGCAUCAGUGAUCGCCGGGAGCCGUGGUGGUUGCGGGCUGCGGCGCUGAGCCAGCAGAGCCGGAAAGACCCACGAAGACAAACAUGCGGAGUGCAGCCAAGCCCUGGAGCCCAGCCAUCAGGGCAGGGGGCCACGGCCCAGACCGGGUGCGGCCCCUGCCUACAGCCUCUUCUGGCAUGAAGAGUUCUAAGUCUUCAAGUUCACUGGCUUUUGAAUCCCGACUCAGCAGGCUCAAGAGGGCCAGCAGUGAGGACACGCUCAACAAGCCAGGAAGCACCACCACAUCGGGAGUGGUUUGCCUGAAGAAGACUGCCACUGCCGGAGCCAUCUCAGAGCUUGCUGAGAGUCGCCUGAGGAGCAGCACAGGUGCCUUUACAACAACCAAACGGACAGGCAUUCCAGCCCCACGGGAAUUUUCAGUAACUGUCUCAAGAGAGAGGUCUGUGCCACGUGGUCCCUCCAACCCCAGGAAAUCAGUGUCCAGUCCAACUUCUUCCAACACUCCCACUCCUACCAAGCACCUGAGGACCCCUUCUGCAAAGCUCAAGCAAGACAAUGAAGGUGGAGAAAAGGCUGCGCUUGAGUCCCAAGUUCGGGAACUUUUGGCAGAAGCCAAAGCAAAAGAUAGUGAAAUUAACAGGCUUCGAAGUGAACUAAAGAAAUGCAAAGAGAAAAGGACUCUGAGCACUGAGGGGACUGAUGCUUUGGGCCCAAAUGGAGAUGGAACAUCAGUCUCCCUAGGUGACAUGGAACCUAUGAUAAGAGCUCUUGAGGAGAAGAACAAGAACUUUCAGAAAGAGCUCUCUGACCUAGAGGAAGAAAACCAGGCCCUGAAGGAGAAACUCAUCUGUCUUGAGCACUCCCCAAACUCAGAAGGGGCAGCAAGUCACACUGGUGACAGCAGCUGCCCAACAUCCAUAACUCAAGAGUCAAGCUUUGGAAGCCCAACUGGAAAUCAGUUGUCCAGUGACGUUGAUGAGUAUAAGAAAAACAUACAUGGAAACUCAUUACGGACAUCAGGCUCUUCAAGUAGCGAUGUUACCAAAGCUUCUUUGUCACCAGAUGCCUCCGACUUUGAGCACAUUACAGCAGAGACACCCUCGAGGCUCCUGUCCUCGACCAGUAACCCCUUUAAGAGUUCAAAGUGUUCUACCGCUGGGAGUUCCCCAAACAACGUAAGCGAAUUAUCCCUGGCUUCCCUCACAGAGAAGAUACAAAAGAUGGAAGAAAAUCACCAUAGCACUGCAGAAGAACUGCAGGCUACUCUACAAGAGUUAUCAGACCAGCAACAAAUGGUGCAAGAAUUGACAGCUGAAAAUGAGAAGCUGGUGGAUGAAAAGACAAUUUUAGAGACAUCCGUUCAUCAGCAUCGAGAGAGGGCAGAGCAGCUAAGUCAAGAAAAUGAGAAACUGAUGACUCUUUUACAAGAGCGAGUAAAAAAUGAAGAACCUACCACUCAGGAAGGAAAAAUCCUUGAACUGGAGCAGAAGUGCACAGAUAUUCUUGAGCAGGGCCGCUUUGAAAGAGAGAAGCUUCUCAACAUUCAGCAACAGUUGACCUGUAGCUUGCGGAAGGUUGAGGAAGAAAACCAAGGAGCUUUAGAAAUGAUUAAACGCCUGAAGGAAGAAAAUGAAAAACUGAGUGAGUUUCUAGAACUGGAACGGCGUAAUAAUAAUAUCAUGACCAAAACUUUGGAAGAGUGUAGAUUUACCUUGGAAGGGCUAAAAACGGAGAAUGGAUCUUUGAAAUCUCAUUUGCAGGGUGAGAAGCAGAAAGCCAUAGAGGCCAGUUCCAUAGGGCAGAUGGCAGAGAGCUGCGAAGUUCAAGAAAUGUUGAAAGUAGCCCAAGCGGAGAAAGAUAUACUGGAACUGUCUUGCAAUGAGCUCAGACAAGAAUUACUGAAGGCAAAUAGUGAAAUUAAACAUGUUUCCAGCCUGCUGGCCAAGGUGGAAAAGGAUUAUUCACACCUGAAGGAGAUAUGUGAUCACCAAGCAGAACAGCUGAGUAGAACCAGCCUAAAGCUGCAAGAAAAAGCUUCAGAGAGUGAUGCAGAGAUCAAAGACAUGAAAGAAACCAUAUUUGAAUUGGAAGAUCAGGUGGAACAGCACCGGGCUGUCAAGUUACACAAUAAUCAGCUUAUCAGUGAGCUAGAAAGUAAUGUGAUCAAGCUGGAGGAACAGAAGUCAGACUUGGAGAGGCAGCUAAAGACUUUGACCAAACAAAUGAAGGAGGAGACCGAGGAAUGGAGGCGAUUCCAGGCAGAUCUGCAGACCGCGGUGGUGGUGGCCAAUGACAUCAAGUGUGAGGCCCAGCAGGAGCUGCGCACUGUGAAGAGGAAACUGCUGGAGGAGGAAGAGAAGAACGCCCGACUGCAGAAGGAGCUUGGGGAUGUGCAGGGCCAUGGCAGGAUCGUCGCCAACAGAGCCGCCCCUCCACCUGUGGAUGAAGAGCUGGAGUCCUCCGAGGUCGAUGCUGCUGGCCGGUGGCCUGGUGUCUCUGUUAACAGAACGUCUCCAACACCCCCAGAGUCUGCAACCACCGUUAGGUCACUUAUCAAGUCAUUUGACUUGGGACGCUCAGGUGGAGCUGGACAGAAUAUUUCUGUCCAUAAGACCCCCAGAAGUCCCCUAAGUGGGAUACCAGUGAGGACUGCUCCAGCAGCUGCUGUCUCUCCAAUGCAGAGGCAUUCAACUUACAGCGCUAUGCAGCCAGCCAGCAGAGGGGUGACUCAACGCUUGGACCUUCCCGACCUUCCCCUGUCAGAUAUUCUAAAGGGAAGGACUGAAGCCCUGAAGCCGGACCCCCACCUCCGCAAGAGUCCCUCACUGGAGUCACUUAGCAGAACCCCAUCUCUGGGCUUUGGGGACACGAGACUGCUGAGCGCUUCCACCAGGGCAUGGAAACCACAAAGCAAACUCAGUGUGGAAAGAAAAGACCCUCUGGCGGCGUUGGCCCGGGAAUAUGGCGGUUCCAAGCGCAAUGCUCUACUGAAAUGGUGCCAGAAAAAGACACAGGGUUAUGCGAACAUUGACAUCACCAAUUUCAGCAGCAGCUGGAGUGAUGGCCUGGCCUUCUGUGCUCUGCUCCACACCUACCUGCCUGCCCACAUCCCCUACCAGGAGCUGAACAGUCAGGAGAAAAAGAAGAAUCUAUUGUUGGCAUUUGAAGCAGCUGAAAGUGUAGGCAUCAAACCCAGCCUGGAACUCAGCGAGAUGCUGUACACGGACCGGCCCGACUGGCAGAGCGUGAUGCAGUAUGUGGCCCAAAUCUACAAGUACUUUGAGACGUAACCCUGGAGGGCCCGGAGUAGCCACCACUGCCACCUACUGCAGUGCCUGAUCACUGUCCACUGACCCUACUCUGCCCACCACCCAGCUGCCUAGACUUAAAAGACAGGCUUAAUCCAAGUGGACCCACACCCAAAUAAGAAACAGAGUGGGUCCCACGGUGUACCUGUCUCAAAUGCAAACCCCAGCUGGACGGUAAAUUGGGGACACUUUGUUCUCCCUCAGGAUGCUUCUAAAGAAGGCAGCCUGCCUCCUUCCAGACCAAGACCCCACACCCAGGAUUGUUUUGCUGAUUACACUGGGUGACUGAACACAUCAUCUGCAGAAAUUCAGACAAACAGCGUCUCCAAAUCAGUCUUUUGGUUGUUUUCGUUGUUAAAAGUAUCCUGGCUUUGCCUUUAUGAAACCUUUGCCCUUGGCUGGGUGUGGUAGCUCGUGGCUGUAAUCCCAGCACUUUAGGAAGCCAAGGCAGUAGGAUAAUUUGAGCCCAGGAAUUCAAGGCUGCAGUGAGCUAUGAGCGCACCACUGCACUCCAACCUGUGUGAAAGAGCCAGACCCUGUUUCAAAAAAAACAAUAAACGAAAAGCAAAACUUUGCCCCUAUAAACCUUCCUCCUUUCUCCCCUCCAAAAUAAAAACCAACAGAACACAAAAAAAUAAACAUUUAUUCCAGGGCAACCUGGAAGCAUGUGCUCACUCAGCCUUUUGGGGAAAGGUGGGAGUUCUAGGUAACAAUGUUAACACCUAGAAUUUUAUUGAUUUUUAGUUCUCACAGUUCCUUAUUUGGUUCAUUGUAGCAAAAGGAAAGCCUGUGCAAAUGCAAGAGAGCCCCGGGCUGCUUUGCUAGAGGGUCCCUGGGAGGUGCCCCACACCUCUGCCCACCACAGUCUGUGUGGUCCCAAGCGGCUGGCAGCUUUCACACUAGGGAAAAUGCAGUCCUCAUUGCCCCCAACUUUGUCCUCCCAUUCAUUCAUACCCACACAGGAUUGUCCCCCACAGAACUUGACAGGAGGUCACGUGUGUGGGAAUGGCCUGUGUCUGCUUUGCAGGGUUGAGCUGGCUGAGGGCAUGUGCUUCUGGUGAUGCUGGGCUGACAGCAAAUUUCAACAGCAUUUCAGCUCUGGACUGACUUGGCCUUCAGUGCUUCCCCAGGCCUCUUAUGUUGGCAUGGGAAAAAGAAGCCUUUGGGGGUGGGUGGUGAGGGCCCACUUAUAAUCAACAAAGAAGAAUGCAGUUGCUCCUGACACCCUAUUGUUCUCCUCAAGUGGCAGCAGAGCCCUCCCCGGAGUCACCCCAGCCCCUCAGAAGAGCUCAGUCUGGCCUGGGUGCCCAUCUGGUGGCUCUGCGGUGUUCUGGGCAGAUCUAUGUGCACUACACAGCGAGUAAGGGUGUGGCUCAUACAGGUGGUUGAGGGAAAUGGGUAAUGCCCAUCCCUUGCUGUUUUAAGUGCCAAAUAGCCUGUUAGUGCCCCUCCAACAAAUGAUCAUACUUCUAGUGAGUCACUGCAAAUGACAGUGACUACCAUUACUACUCAAAGUACAUCUCUGAUUGCUGAUCUGAGCCACUGGUUCAGAGCCAAGUUCUAGAGGCUGCAGGUCCAGCCCCUUAUCAUUCCUGGAGAAGCAGGAACUCAGCCCCCCCGCCCCCGCCCCAAGCCAGACCUUUGCAGAGGUGGCCGCUGGGCUGCACGGGUCAGGGGAUCCCUGAUUCUCAAGCCACCUUGAGACGAGAGACUCCGCCCCAGCCCUGUUAGUGCAUCCCAGCUGUGGCUCUGCAUCAGAACCUGCAGGGCACCAUUUGAAAACUCCUGGCUGCCCCAGUUGGUUGUCUCAGAACUAUGAAAUGGGACCAGAGAUGCAGUCUACGUGUUUUGAAGGUUCUUUAGGUGACUGAAGCAUAGCUGCGUGAAGUACUGAGGGGCAGACACCUUUCCCUGGCAGCCCCAAGGCAGGCAGCCUGUGGGAGCUCCUGAGCAGCUUUUUGGCGAUGGUCAUUACAUCACCCAUGCCUUUGUAUUUAAAUGAAACUUGAGAUACAGUCAGAACCAAUUCAACCUGUAAGUUAUUACUUCGGCUGCUUCAGGCACUUGUCUGAAGCAUUUUUUAUUAACCUGCAUUUCUACUUUGCCCACCAGUAAAGUAGGGGAAGUAAUAUCCAAAGUAGUUGAGUUUAGCUGGAAUUACUCCAGGGUUUUGUGUGGGGAGGCAGUUGCUGCCUUGGGAUACCCAGAGUGGGGUAGGUGUUUUCUGUGAUUGGCCUGGUUUUUUAUUUUUAUUUUUUUAUUUUGAGACAGAGUUUCAUUCUUAUUGCCUAGGUUGGAGUGCAGUGGUGCAGUCUCAGCUCACUGCAACCUCUGCCUCCCAGGUUUAAGCAGUUCUCCUGCUUCAGCCUCCCAAGUAUCUGGGUUUACAGGUGUCACUACUACACCUGGCUACUUUUUUUUGUAUUUUUAGUAACGGGGGUUUCACCAUGUUAGCAAGGCUGGUCUUGAACUCCUGACUGCAAGUGAUCCACCCGCCUCAUCAUCCCAAAAUGCUGGGAUUACAGGCGUGGGCCCCUGUGCCUGGCUGUUUUUUGUUUGCUUUUUGAGACAGAGUCUUGCUCUGUUGCCCAGGUUGGAGUGCCAGUGGUGCUAUUUCAGCUCACUCAGGUAUGAGUCACCGCACCUGGCCUGUGAUUGGCUCUGUUUUGAGUGAUUACAUGUAAACCAUCUAGAACCAACUUUGAGCAAUGGUGUUGUGGUUUCCCUCCCUUCACACUGAGGCCAUACCAGCCCCUCUCCAAUGGGAUCCCAAGUUGCCAAUCACAGUGGCCAAACUUCCCAUUUUUGUCUGUAUCCUGCUCUUUAGAUUAAAAAGAAGGAAAGAAACGUGAAAGGCCAUGUGCAAUUUAUUUUUAUAACUUAAGGAGAUUCCCCAACUACCAUUUUCUCUGCCAGUGAAUGUGCAUGUAGAAGAGGAAUGCCAUGUUCUGUCCACAGAAAUACACAUGGGGCUCAUGCCCGUAAUCUCAGCACUUUGGAAGGCUGAGGUGGGAGGACUGCUUGAGCCCAGGAUUUUGAGACCAGCCUAGGCAACAUGACGAGACUCUGACUCUAUAAAAAAAAAUUUUUUUUUUUUUUUAGAAAGCAUCUCACUCUGUUGCCCAGGCCGUAGUGCAGUGGCGUGAUCGCGGCUCACUGCAAACUCCGCCUCCCAAGUUCAAGCAAUUCUCCUGCCUCAGCCUCCUGUGUAGCUGAAAUUACAGGCACAUGCCGCCAAGACUAGCAAAUUUUUUUAUUUUUAGUAGAAACAGGGUUUCACCAAGUUGGCCAGGCUGGUCUUGAACUCCUGACCUCAAGUGAUUUGCCUGCCUAAGCCUCCCAGAGUGCUAGGACUACAGGUACCGUGCCUGGCCCAAAAUUUUUUUUAUAUUAGCUGAGUACAGUGAUACACAUCUGUAGUCUCAGCUGCUUGGGAGGCUGAGGCAGGAGCAUCACAGCCCAGGAGUUGGAGGCUGCAGUAAGCUGUGUUGUGCCACUGUACUCUGGCCUGGGUAAAAAAGCGAGACCCUGUCACACACACAAAAGAAAUACACAUGGUGUUUAGGGGAAGGGCAGAUUCUGCUGGGCUUCUGGAGCUGUGACUGAUGGCCUCAGGGCUGUAGGAAUAGGCCUUCUAGCACAGCAGCAAGUAGGCUCCCCUAAGCCAUCGGCUGGCAUGGAGGUGCAGGACCUGGGGGAGGCAGUCCCACCACAACUAGGCCAAGGGGUAGGGUUUUUAGGUGUUUUUAACAGAGCUUAGAGCACCAGGUGAAGGUGGAAAGUUGAUAAACUGGGAAAACAAGGUGAGCUCUUACCUUUUCUUUAGCAGUGUAUGCCAUUCCCAGUUUCUAUCCUGAGACUUUCAGAGGCUACAAAAACCACAUUUCUUUCCAUCUUCCCUCAGCCAGUACAUAGUCAUUUAAAAUUCUUUGGUUGUUCUGCAGAUUCUUUUUUUAAUGUGUAAAUUUUACAUGAAAAGACAUCUGCAACAUGCAAGCCCCAAUAGAGUGGGGGAGUUUUUCGAGGUGAGAAGUUGCUGUUCUCUGCGUCGAACAUGGAUUGAAUUUUUCCUGUCUGAGUGUAGCCCAUGGCCCCCGCCUUGUGGGGGUAACAUUCUCAGGAACUUCUUAUCCUAGUCCCUUCUCAUUUCAAAAACAAUAUAAGUCUUUUGUUUCCCUUUUUCAUUCAGUUGUUGUUUUACAACUUUUGUAGAGACUAACGCAAGUAGAUGCUGGUGGGUGUUAGACAAAAACACACAUCCCCAGGGGCAAGCCAUCCAGUGGUGAGGAAUCUCUCCCAUGUUCUUUUACCUGCUGCCCACAGAGACUCCCUUAGUCUCCCCCUCCUCUUCCCCACUGAGGGGCGGCUUGUGGAGAUGGAGGACUCACGCCCCUACAUGCAGAACCCCUGCCAAGUUCAGCAAUAAUUAUCACCCUUCCAAAGCUCGAGUGACAUUUUGAGAUGACCUACCAGACAUGCAGUGAAGGAUAUAACCUCACAGCCAUUUUAGAAGCAUUUCGAAUAGCUACCAAUGCCACUGGGCGUUUCACUCCUCUAACCCAAGUUAGAGUUUUGCUAAAUCUGUAGCAUCCUGAGUAGCAUACAAAUUUUAACUACAUUAGUUGAAUGCAGUUGAUACAUCUGUGGCCUCGUGUCUAUUAAAGAGCACACUAGAUUGUACCCAGCACUGUUAGGAUAUGACAUGCUUAUUAGAUGUCUUUAUUCACAGGAGAGUGUAUGAUAAACGACUAUUUCUAAUAAAUAUAUUUUGUUUCUGUCCGAUGAUUUUUUUCCCUUGGUGACAUUUAUCAUUAAUAUUUUCUCAAAGUGCCAUGCUUACACUGAGUCUGUUUUCAAACCAGCAUCUUCAUCCAUGUAUUCCUUGUUGGGUCACAGUCUUCACUGCAGCUGCUCUUGCGGGUUGUGCUGGAAUUUUCCGCAGAGGACUGGGCUCCUGGCUCCUCCGCUUCCCGUUUCCAGCUUUAUUGCUGAGGCCACAGGCUCAUGAAGAUUGCCUUUCAAGGCUUACCCAGGAUGCUGCUGAGCUGUGCAGAUGUGCACACAAUAUGUGCAAUGUCAUGUGUGACUAAAUGCCAACUGAGACCCUGGAAACCACUCAUAGGGGGAAUCAUGCCAAGAUUGAGGAGGCAAAGUGAAGAUAGUUUUUAAAUGAUUGCUUCCUUACCCCUCCCUAGUUCAUGUUUUCUUAUACAUAAUUACAUUUCUUCCUUGCUAUACUACAAAUACCUAAUUUUAGUUGGUCAGAGAUGGAUUUGAGACUGAGCUCCCAACUCCACGGCUGCAACACCUGAUUAAAGCCUUCUUCUUUGGCAAUACUCAUUUCUGUGAUUGGCUUUCUGUGGGUGAGCAAUGCAGGACCUAGGCUAAUGCCCCGAGGCUUCAGUGACAAAAUCUGUUUUUCAUAAUGCUUUAUCUUCACUGUCCUCAAGAAUUAGUAUUUGAGUACUUUCUAGAGUCUCCUUUGCCACUUUUCUUUCAGAGGGAGUCUUGCUCUGUUGCCGGGGCUGAAGUGCAGUGGUGCAAUCUUGGCUCACUUCGACCCCCUACUGGGUUGAAGUGAUUCUCCUGUCUCAGCCUCCCAAGUAGCUAGGAUUACAGGUGCGCCAUGCCCAACUAUUUCCAUUUUUAGUAGAGACGGGGUUUCACCUUGUUGGGCAGGCUGGCCUCGAACUCCUAACCUCAAGUGAUCCCCUCGCCUUGGCCUCCCAAAGUGCUGGGAUUACAGGCGUGAGCCACUGCGCCCGACCGACACUAGUGCUCGCGGGCUGCAGGGACAGGACGGACUAGAGGCCAGUGACCCCAGCAGCACCUGGCAUUCCCCGACCCAAUCGGGUUGCCAGCCGCACAGCCUCUGGGCAGAUGCGCGCGGCGGCUGCGGCUCAGAGCGGGGAGCCGCUGCUCGGCCCCAUCCCCAGGCAGCGGAAUGCCCAGAACUGGUCCCCUUGCUUCGGCACCGGCCAAGUAGGAGCUGGGCGGGCAGUGGCGUCGGGCAGGCUCUUCCUGCCGGGCGGGCAGCUCGCUUUGACCCAGCCGCCUGACUCGGCUUGUGUCCUGGCAACUCCGCUGCGGUGGCGGCACAGGGGCGGGAACUGGUCCUCACGCCUGAACUGAGGAAGCCGAGGAGCAGGUGCGCCGCGGCGCUGUGAGGCGGCACUCCCCGAUGACAGGUAGGCUGGACGCCGCCACCCGGAAGGACCCGCCAGCCCAGGCCGGCGCCGGAGCUGCAGCGCCACCUAUGGCCAAGGAGUUUUCUCUGGGAGGCGGGGGCCUGUGUGCACAGGUGCAGUGAUGUCACGGGAGCCUCAGCAAGUGCGGUGACGUCACACGCGAGGGCUUGGCCGUUACCUGCGUGCCUUGCCGUUACCCGUGAGGCUUGGCGGUGGUCGCUUGGCUUGACAUUUCUUACUUGGCUCGGAGGUGCUCCUUUCACUGAUUGGAAACAGCGAGCUUUCCUCCUGGGAGGUUGUGGCCAAGGCAGUAACUCGCUACUUUUGGCCUCCCGGGGUGGAGAAAAGCGGGGAGGGGUGUGGAGGGGCUGAGGGGUCUCGGAAGGCGGCAGUCUCCGCCAUGAGGAGGACAUUUAGAGGCGGGCGCCCGGAGGACCAAUGGCCCUGGGCUCCCUCGCCAGCUGGCGGCCCGACAGGUCGCUCAGCAGAAGGAAGCGUGAAGCGGAAGUCUUCGCCCCGCCUCAGUACCGCGUCGACCCGAAAGAUCUCGACGAGCCCCACAGAGCUGCCUGGCUGGGCGAAGUCCCCGGGCUGGAGUGCAUCCUGGUGCCCGGAGGCCCUGGCGUGGACAAGAGGGACAAUGAGAAUAGCCCUCUUUUUUCCAUAGUACUUUUAAAGAACUAAAAUGUACUUAAACACCAAUCAUAUGAUUAGAACUGCCCAGCUGCUCUGGACCUGUUGUAUACACCAUAUUCUACUUCACGUAAGGCACCGUGGAUUGUCUGAUGCCCAUUAUUUUAUGUGUCAAUAAGAAUUAUUUAGAUGCUGCCAAUUAUAGUUGUGAUAAAUUAUGAAUUGCAAGGAGAAUCCCAAUGGCAGAGUUGUUAAAAUGUGAGAAAAGGAACAUCUUAGAAUGAUAAUACAGUGUUACUUCUAAUCUUUAAACAUACCUCAGAAGUGUGUAUAAUCGUAUUAUUUUACUUGUUUAUGUUAACUAGUAGUAUUAUAAAAAUUAUAAUAUCUAACAGUUACUGGGCGGUUAUUUGUGCUAGGAACUGUUCUAAAUGCUUUGCACAGAUUCUCAUUUAAGCAUCAUAGUGAUGCCCAGUACAUCACUAUGGACUGCUGAUACUUUAAUUCCCAUUUUAUUGAUUAGGAAACUGAGGCCCAAAAAGGCCAACAGGAAGUGACAGAUCUUAAAGUAGGAUUUCACCUCAAGGUGAACUGAAUCCAGAGGUGAAGCAUUUUCUAUUCAAAUAAACUACAUUUCAUUAAUGUAGUGAAUAAUAAGAGCUGGUAAAUACUGUGCUUUCUUCUCAGGAAAAUUAAAUACUUGUUUUAAAGACAGAGGACUAAAAUUAUAUCCAGUGCUAUGGAUAUAUGUGAAUCAUUGUGUGUUUUCAGAUAGUACAGUACAAUUUCCUAAAAAGUGUUCUUACUGUCUUAGGACGGCUCUGCAUUUCGCAUGUGCCUGUGGACAUCCAGCAGUGGUAGCUCUCCUGGUGGACAGAAAAUGUCAACUUAGUUAUUUUGACAGCGAUAAGAAGACAGCUCUGAUAAAGGCCAAGAGAAUGCAGAAAAGAGAAAUGUGCAACUAUUUUGCUGGAAUGGGGUGCUUAUCCAGACCUUCCAGAUAUCUACGGCAACACUGCUCUACACUAUGCUGUGCAUAAUGAAGACGAAUCAGUAGCACAAAAACUGCUUUCAUACAGUACAAACAAGGAGGCAAAAAAUGAG